AUGGACAACACAGGGGGCGCGAGCGAAUACGAACGCAUAAGCCACGAGAAUGCGAUUCUGAGGGACGCCAACGCCAAGCUCCAGGCGAUUAUAAGGGGUCAGAAGGCGUCGAUUGAAAGCUUGCGUGCGGCUCACCUUCAUCCUGGACACGAACCGGUUCCACGCAUGAUGUCCGGUCAAAUACAAGGCCAGAUACCACAGGGGACUGUGCCACGCGAUGAGCGCAUGGGAGUUCCGUACACACACGCUUUCCCCGGGCUGCAGCGACGCCCGCCAUUUCACCCCGGCCCGUACUCGGCGCCGGCCCCGCCGGCCCUGAGCUGCCCGCCCUUCUCUCCAGUGCCCGACCACAUGUGCGCGGACUACAUUGGGGGCGCCACAGCACACAGCCCCAUCUCCAGCAUCUCGGAAGUGGACAUCGUGGCCCAGGCCCCCCUCCCCCCUCCGACCGCCUGGGACGCGCCCCAGAUCAUUCCGGCGCACCCUGCAGCCGCCUGGGACGCGCCCCAGGUCAUCCCCUCUCAGAGCACCCCACCCCUGCUACUUCCGCCCAGCACCCACAUGCCCAUGUGCAACGCCCAGCGGGGGCCGCAAGGCACGAGACAGGCCUUUUGCGGCGGCAUUCCGCAAGAGCCCUUCCGCUGCGUCCAUUCGGAGCCCGCCCAAGCAUCCCAGGCGCCUCGGGCCCUGGGAGCGGACAGCCCGCUGGCGCAUGGGCCCCAGGACUUCUUCCCCGAAGGUGCAGCGACGCCGUUUCGAACGGUGUCCUGGGAUGCGGCCUCGGAAUCGGACCUGGACCUCCUCGGGCUGCUGCUGCAAGUAGAGAAGGGGCCAGACGAUGCAGCCCCCUAUUCUCGCCCGGGCCCCCCCAGCGAGGGCUCCGCCAGAGAGAGCCACUCGACGCCGGGGUCCGCCAGCGACCCCCCGGCCGCGGGGCCGGCCGAAGCCGGACAGCCCACGGGAGAGCUGGAGGGGCAGAUUCGAGCGCUGAGGGACGUGCUCAGGGUGAAUUCCAUCCGGGCGGGCGGCGACGGGGCGAGCGGCGAGGCGCUGUGCGUGCUGGGGCUCAUCCUGGGCAACGUGGUGGAGAUCGUGGGAAGGCUGAUGAAGUUUAGCGACUCCGCUGUGCUGGACCACGCGCAGGAGGUGGAGAGGAGCCUGGCCGGGGAGGAGAUGCGCAAGUGGGCGAGGUGCCUGGGGCUGAUGAACCUGAGCGGGUCGCAGAAGCAGGCCAUCAACGACCUUAGGGUGGAGCAGGUGACGGGGUUUCGCAGGCUCAGGGAGGAGAGCGCGAGGCUCAACGAGCAGGUCAAUGAUGCCCUGCGGGCAUCGGGCGACCACCCGACCGUCCUCUCCUCAGUGCUCAAGUCAAUCCGCCGCCAGCAGGAGCGCACCUUUGGACAAGAGCACCAGACCAUCAUGGACGGCCUGCGCGCUCUCAUGCUCAGCAUCUUGGAUCCCGUCCAGGCCUCCAUUCUGGCUGUGGAGGCGCAUCCCGACAGGGUGGACGUAGUCAAGCUGGCGACGGCCCUGGCGGCAAUCAGCGACGGAGGAAACAGCGGUGAGACAAAUUCGCCGUCAUGCUCUUCUUUUUUGAGGGACUCGGGAACUUGGCCCCGCCAUUAG